UGACAGCCCGCGUAAACGUAAACCGGCCAUUUCGUAUUGUUUAUUACUUUUGGCAUUUUACAAUUUGUUUUGUUUUGAAUUUGAUUCGAUGAGUAAAUCGGACACCGUUUAAUCCAGGAGAUAUUAAUUCGCAAUAACUGCGUACUGUUAUCGAGGCGGCUACUUUAAAAUGAGUACUACCAAAACGACAGAAUUACCAUAUUUCGCAGAAUACGCAAAAAGUGGACGUGCUUCUUGCAAAGGAUGCCGAGCGCCCAUUGCCCAGUCCACUUUGCGAAUUGCUGUUAUGGUGCAAUCGCCUCAUUUCGAUGGUAAAAAUCCAAAUUGGCACCAUUUCGACUGCUUCUUCAACAAACAGCGCCCCAAGAGUACAGACGAAAUCGAUCAUUUCGAGUCCCUGCGAUUAGAAGAUCAAGAUAAGAUUAAAGCCAAAGUAGGAGUAGCUGCAAUAGCCAUAGUUCCCGAUAAGAAAGGCAAGAAACGAGCCAACGAUUCCUCUGUUAAAUUGAAGAAAGAAGCAUUAAAAGAUUUCCGAAUUGAAUAUGCCAAAUCGGGAAGGGCAAUGUGUAGAGGAUGUGAACAAAAAAUCCUCAAAGAUGAGGUACGAAUUUCUAAGAAAGAUUUUGAUACAGACAUUGGGAAAAAAUACGGUGGGCAAGACAUGUGGCAUCACGUUGCCUGUUUUGCUCAGGUCAGAUCUGAUUUAGCCUUUUACGAAUCUGGUACCAAACUACCCGGUUACGAUACACUGAAAAAACCCGAUCAGGAUGAAGUCAAGAAACUUGUAGUGCCCAUCAAACAAGAAGCAGUACCCGAAAAGAAACUAAAAACGGAGGACGAAGUUGAUGGAAUUGACGAGAACGAAUACAGAAAACAAAAUAAAAUUAUGUUCGAAUACCGAGACGAACUGGCCAAAAUACCACACAAAGAUUUGCUGAUAUUAUUAGAAUACAACAAACAAGAAGUCCCAACAGGCAAAGACACUAUAUUAGAUCUUCUCGCUGAUAUUAUGACAUUCGGUACCCUGUUACCUUGUCCGAGUUGUAAAGGUCAACUUAGCUUUAUGAAUGGUGGUUAUAUUUGUACAGGGGACCUUACGGAAUGGACCAAGUGCCAGAAAAUGUUUAAAGAACCCGAACGAAAAGCGUUCAAAGUGUCCUCGGAACUGAAGAAAAACUACCCGUUUUUGAAGAAAUAUAAAUAUGAAAAACGAACGAGAAUCGUCAAAACCAAAGCCCCUUUGAAGACCCAACCAGUUAAAAAGGAGGAAGAUGCUGAACCUCGAGUGAAGAGAGAAGCUCCUCUCCUCUCCGACAUGCAAUUCGUCAUUUUGGGUCGUCCGCCGAAAGGCAAAGAUCAAAUUAAGAAGAUCAUCCAAUCGUACGGCGGCAAAGUGGUCACCAAAAUCGAAAGCAGAACAAUGGCGGUGAUAUCGACGGAGGAAGAAGUGGAAAAGAUGAACAAUCGCAUGCAGGAAGCCGAAACCGAACAGAUCCACGUCGUCUCCGACGAUUUCCUGGACGAAGUGAAGGAUUUCGCCGGCAAAAUUCCCGAUUUGAUCAUCAAGAAGAGCAUCUGCGAUUGGGGAUCGGACCCUACUUCUCGUUUACCGGAGAAACCUUCGUCGAGUCUCAAAUCGAAAUCUCGCAGUAUUUACACCAAGUCGGUACCAGAUAAGGUGAAACUGAAAUUGAAAGGUGGCCUGGCUGUGGAUCCGGAUUCUGAGCUGGACCAUAUUGCCCACGUUUAUCAAAGAGACGAUAAAUGGUCGGCGGUGUUGGGUUUAACGGAUAUCCAAUCGGGCAAAAAUAGCUAUUAUAAAAUGCAAUUACUCGAAUCCGACAGUUGCAAUCAAUAUUGGUUGUUCAGAUCUUGGGGAAGGAUUGGAACGACUAUAGGCGGUAACAAAACUGAGCUGAAGGGUAGUUGCCAACAAGCUAAAGCGGACUUUAGGGCUUUGUACGAAGAGAAAACUGGCAACCAAUGGGAAAACAGGCAUGAUUUUCAGAAAAUACCGGGUCGAAUGUAUCCCAUUGAUGUUGAUUAUGGCGAUGAUAAGGUUAACUUGGAGAUAGUAAAAUCGGAAUCGUCCUUGCCGAAACCCGUGCAAGAUCUCGUGACGAUGAUAUUCGACGUAAACUCGAUGAAACAGCUUAUGGCAGAAUUCGAAUUAGAUACAGAAAAAAUGCCUUUAGGUAAAUUAAGUAAAAAGCAGAUACAAAAAGCUUUUGGCGUGUUAACCGAACUGCAAACAUUGAUUAGUGACAAGAGCGAAGAGAGAUCAUUAUUUAUAGAUGCUUCCAACAGGUUUUACACUUUUAUACCUCACUCGUUUGGUAUCGAGGACCCACCAAUUUUGGACAACACAGAAGUUAUUAAAACCAAAGUGGAAAUGCUAGAGAAUCUGAUGGAAUUGGAAGUAGCCUAUAAUCUGAUGAAAUCGUCCGGCUCCGAUCAUACCGUGGACAGUUACUACAAACAACUGAAAACCGAAAUCGACAUUUUGCCGCACGAUUCCGAGGAAUUCAACAUCAUCAAAGAAUUCGUGAAAAACACGCACGCCGCGACGCACGAUCAAUUCGAUUUGGUCGUCGAGGACGUGUUCACCGUCAGAAGGCAGGGCGAAGAGAAGCGAUUCAAGCCGUUCAGGAAGCUCCACAACCGGAAAUUGCUGUGGCACGGUUCCAGGGUGACCAACUACGCCGGUAUUUUGUCCCAAGGUCUUCGUAUAGCGCCGCCCGAAGCGCCAGUCACCGGUUACAUGUUCGGCAAAGGUAUCUACUUCGCUGAUAUGGUUUCGAAGUCGGCUAAUUAUUGUUGCACGAACUCCAGGAGUCCUAAAGGUUUGAUGUUGCUUUGUGACGUUGCUUUGGGUAAUAUGUACGAAAAAUUACAUGCGGAGAUGAUUGAGAAACUGCCGAAAGGAAAGCAUAGUUGCUUGGGUUUGGGUAAGACCCAACCGGAUCCUUCUGCUGUGAAGAAAAUUGAAGAUAUCGAAGUGCCUUUGGGCAAAGGCGUUCCCAACCCGGCGGCUAAGAAAUCUUCGUUGCUUUAUAACGAGUACAUCGUUUAUGAUGUUGCUCAAGUGAACAUUAAAUAUCUGAUAAAAAUGCACUUCGAAUACAAGUACGGGUUCUAAUUUAAACUAGCGCUUACUGUAGUUUUAAGUAUUAUUUUGAUUUAAGUGUUUUUUAUGUUACUUUCAGUGUUUUUUUGAUUGUAUUUGUUGAAUCAUUCUUCUAUUUCUCUUAUACAAACUUAUUAAGUAGUUUUCUUUUGAAUAU